AUGACUGAUGCUGUAGGUGAGUUUAACGUGGAAGAGUUCCAACAGAAUAUCGAUGAGUUUGAACGUCAUUUCGAAGAAUGGCUAAGUGAUACCAGAAGAAAGUCCCAACGAGAAAAAAAAGAGUACGUGACUCUGAUUACCAAAUUGAAGUCUCAAGAAAGACAAUAUGUUUCAGAGAUUGUUGAUUUUCAAGAGAAACAACUGCGAUAUAAAGAUCAAGUUCGUUCCAAUGUUGAAGUAUUGGAACAACAACAAAAUAAAAUAAAACAGUUGCAAGAUUUUGAACUUCAAAUGAAACAAGAAAAGGAAAGGUUAGAACUUCAAUUGGCUCAAUUAAACGAUGAAUUUAAUCGUGUUUCUGAUAAGAUACAUCAACGUCAUGUUGAUAUCAGAGAACAACAAAAGAAGGAUUUGACUGAAUUACUUAAGUAUCAAGCCUAUUUUGGUUUAGAAGUUAAACCUGUUGGUGAAGAAACUUUGGUGUUCAUCUUUACAAAAAUCGAUGCAAACAAUAGUGAAAGAGAAUUUACCUUUGAAAUAGAUAUUUCGGGUAAUACACUUCACAUUAAUAACACCAAUCCACAAAUACCUAAGGACCAAUUGUUAGAUUUAGAAAAUGACUUUGCAACUCAUCUGGAUAUGGCAAAGUUCCUUCCUCUGAUCCGUAAGUGCUUCCAAGCGAUUGCCUAA